AUGACUUGGGAAAUCUUCAAGAACUCUUUUCUUGAGAAGUAUUUUCCCGCAGAUGCCAGAGGUAGGAAGGAAAUGGAAUUUUUGGAAUUGAAACAAGAAGCAAUGUCGGUAGGCGAGUAUGCCGCAAAGUUUGAAGAGUUGUGUCGAUUCCAUCCGCACUACAGCGCCGCUAAUGACGAAACAUCAAAGUGCGUCAAGUUCGAGUAUGGAUUAAGGCCUGAUAUUAGGAUUGCCGUAGGGCACGACCAAAAUCGGAAUUUUGCCACUCUAGUGGAGAAGUGCAGGAUUUUCGAAGAGAAUGAAAAGACACGAAAGGAGUACUUCAGAGGACUAGGGGUGAAUAAGGCACCAAAGAAGAAAGUGGAGAAGAGGAAGCCCUAUUUCCGACCACAUGAUCAGGGAAGGAAUCAAUUCGGGAGAACUUGGAACCCAACGGGAGGACCUGGAUUCCAAGGGAGACCCGGGGGAAUCAACCAUACCCCGUUAUGCACGAGAUGUCGCCGGAAUGGACAUCGUGCACAAGAAUGCAGAGUGGUAUUGGGAGGACAAUCGGGAGUGCAAACUGGAGGAAGCGGAAACCCGAAUCCCACCACCGCAGUCGGCGAAGGAGGCAAUAGGAAUGUAAACGUACCACCCAGAGACAAUAGGAGGGUUGGACGCCCGGCGAACAAAGGGAAGGUGUUCGCAAUGACUGUGGAAGAAGCGUCAGGAUCACCGGAGCUCAUUGAAGUGGUCUUCAUCGACGGAAUCUUGAUCUGCUUGAAGAGCAAAGAAGAACACGAGGAGCACCUCCGAAUAGUGCUAGGAAUCUUGCGAGAGCGGAAAUUGUAUGCCAAGUUGACUAGAUGCGAGUUCUGGCAAGAGUCAGUACAAUUCCUAGGACAUGUAGUGAGCAAAGCUGGCAUAGCAGUAGACCCGGCAAAGUUAGAAGCUGUGAACUCAUGGGGGACACAAAAAACGGUCACGGAAAUCCGAAGUUUUCUUGGAUUGGCUGGAUACUACAGGAGAUUCAUUGAAGGAUUUUCCAAGAUUGCCACACCCUUGACGAGGCUUACAAGGAAGGAUCAACCUUACCAAUGGACACCCGAGUGCGAGAAGAGCUUUAAAGAGCUUAAGGAGAAGUUGACUACGUCGCCAAUUUUAGUCCUACCCGAUCCCAAGAAGGACUUCGAAGUGUAUUGUGAUGCGUCAAAGAUGGGAUUAGGAUGUGUGUUGAUGCAGGAACGUAAGGUAAUGGCUUACGCUUCUAGGCAAUUGAGGCCACACGAAGCUAAUUACCCUACGCACGACCUAGAAUUAGCAGCUGUCGUGUUUGCUCUAAAGAUAUGGAGACACCACUUGUACUGA